ACAACGCCACACCUAAUUCUGAUCAUACAGAGAGCACUGGAAGACAUGGAGAAGAAGAUGAUGAUCCCAAGAGUGAAGCUGGGAACACAGGGAUUAGAGGUAUCUAAGUUGGGGUUUGGAUGCAUGAGUCUCAGCUGGGCUUACAAUUCACCAGUGCCAGAAGAGCAAGGUAUUGGCAUCAUUAAACAUGCAUUCAACCAAGGGAUCACCUUCUUUGACACCUCUGACAUUUAUGGACCUCAUACUAAUGAGAUCUUGAUUGGCAAGGCAUUGAAGGAGUUGCCAAGAGAGGAGAUCCAAUUGGCAACAAAGUUUGGUGUUGCGACCUCUGAUGGAUUCAGUGGUGUGAAGGUAGAUGGGAGGCCAGAGUAUGUGAGGGCCUGUUGCGAGGCCAGUCUGAAGAGACUGCAAGUGGACUAUAUUGAUUUGUAUUAUCCGCAUAGGGUUGAUCAGAGUGUUCCUAUUGAGGAAACUAUUGGAGAAUUGAAGAAGUUGGUGGAAGAAGGGAAAGUGAAGUACAUUGGGUUAUCAGAGGCCAGUCCGGACACAAUCAGGCGGGCUCAUGCAGUGCAUCCUAUUUCUGCAGUUCAAAUGGAAUGGUCUUUAUGGACUCGUGAGAUUGAACAAGAGAUUGUCCCACUUUGCAGAGAACUUGGCAUCGGAAUAGUACCAUACAGUCCACUCGGCCGGGGAUUUUUUGGUGGCAAAGCAGUUGUAGAAAAACUUUCUGAAAACACAAUCUUGGCUUUGCAUCCACGGUUCAUUGGCGAGAACUUGGAGAAGAACAAAGCAUUAUAUGUGAGAGUUGAGAAUUUGGCUAAGAAACAUGAAUGCAGCACUGCUCAACUAGCUCUGUCUUGGGUUCUCCAUCAGGGGGAUGAUGUUGUUCCAAUCCCUGGAACAAGCAAAAUCAAGAACCUGGAUAGUAACAUUGGCGCUUUACAAGUGAAGCUGACAGAGGAGGACUUAAAAGAAAUUUCUGAUUUAAUACCAGAAGAAGAGGUGGCAGGUUCCAUAUGUAUUCCUGAAAUUGAUGAAAAAAUCAGCUGGAAAUAUGCAAACACACCACUUCCCAAAUCAGCUUGAGAUUCCAUCAUUGUCUUGGCUUUUAUAAAAUUUAAUUUGGGAUAAUAUAAUUAAAGAUGGUUGAUUAUAUGAGCCAUCUCUC